GCAGUCGGCUGCUGUUACUAUAGCGAUACGCCGUCGAUACCGCCAUGGCCGCCAGUCCGUCGCGGGUGUUCGCUGCUGUGGUGCCCGCGGCGGGGGACUCUUUUCACAACGAGAACGCGGCGGGUUUGGACUGGAGCGUCGCUCCCCCGGGUCAGCGAAGCAAGCGUCCCGGUCCCGAGGUUCGAGUGACGGGCAGCGCCGAGCUGAGCAGACCGCCCGACCGGGCCACGCUCUGCAUCCGCGUGCGGAGCCGCAAGGAGUGCGUCGGUGACGUCACCGACAGCGUCUCGAGGCGGCUCGAGUACAUCCUGCAGACACUUAGACAGCGGCAGGUCAAGGACGAACACAGGAGUGUGACCAGGACCGUGAGGCGGGACGACGGCUCCUACAGCAUGGAGGCUGAGGUCACGGUGGUCUUCACGGACUUCGUGAAGAUGCAGGACGUGAGCAACACCCUGGUAGAGAAGCUGGACAGGAGUGUGUGCGUGAGCGUGCCGCAGUUCUCCCACAGCGCCGAGCACAUCGAUCGGUUGCGGCGCGAAACAUGUGUGGCGGCAGUGGCCAGUGCUCAACACAAAGCCCGCGACGUGUGCAGGCUGUUGGGUCAGGCCCUGGGCCGGCCGCUCUUCGUCAGGGAGGAGGAGAGCCGGGAGUGGACCGGGGGGGUUGGCGAGAGGGAUGGCGGCGGAGAGGACGACGGGGGGGACGCGUCCCUCCAGCAGCAGCUCACACAGGCCUCGGUGACAGUUUUCUCGCGGGUCUCCGCCUCCUUCCAGAUCCAGCCGAAGAACAAAGGCACACAAGAGUGACGCGGUGGAUGUCUUCUCC